CGGGUCUCUCAGGUUUCUAUCUGGCGACCCGUCGCCAUUAGUAGAAGCUCCCUAACGGAUAUAUUUUUUGGGUGAAAAUCUCCCAAUUGUUGUGUUUUCCAGCCUUUGGAAAACAUCUGCCGCCUUGUUAAGGGCAUUUUGUUUCCCUUACCGAGUAAACAACCUAAACUCGGGGGGUGUUGGCCCCGCGUGUUGAGCUUUCGUCCUCUCCACCAGCAACCUCCAUAACUUGAGACGCCGAAAUCGUGUCUCUUCUUUUUUCUCGGAUUGUUUAUUGUCAAGAUGUCGCCGUAAUGGGUUCUCCGCGUUUGACAGAAAUGCACCAGGGCCUUCGUCGCCUGACCCGCACUCACUGCAGCCCGCUUUCCCCCUUUGUUUUCCCGUGUGGCGUUAGAGAGCUCGCAGCUCGGCCCCUGUACCGCGGACUUCACGGAGAUAAACAUGGAGAAAAACCCCAACAGCAGCACCAACAGCAAGGUUCCGCCCCGGUCCAGCUCCACAGGCCCGACACCGGGCGAUUCUAAACCCAAAACAGAAAGUAAAAAUAAUGGAGGCUCCAAGCGCUACAGCCGCAAGCAUGAGCCUGCUAUUCCAAAAACCGAAAGUUUUCAAGGCCCUCGUCACACCAAUUCACAGAAAAGCAAAAGCUUUGACAAGAGACCCGCCCAGAGAGGUGGAGGAAAACAAUAUGGCGUUGCAGGUGGAGGACGACGUGAGGAGGUAGCAGAGACCUGCCGGGCAGACUUUAGCCCGGCUCAGUUUGCUGGACCUAAAAAAGUUAGCCUCAACCAUCUGCUGAACUUUACCUUUGAACCUCGUGGAGGUUUCGGUGGCAUCGGCGAGGGAGGCAACUCUGGUUGGGGCCGCCGAAACAAAUGGGGCCAAAAGCACAAGCCCUUCAACAAGGAGCUUUUUCUGCAGGCCAAUUGCCAGUUCGUGGUGUCUGAUGACCAGGACUACAAGGGUCACUUCACUGAUCCAGACACUCUGGUCAACUGGGACUGUGUGCAGCAAGUGCGUAUCUACAGUCAUGAGGUGCCGUCUUGCCCGAUCUGCCUCUACCCCCCUCUGACCGCCCGCAUCACCAAGUGCGGACACAUCUUCUGCUGGCCGUGCAUGCUGCACUACCUCUCUAUUGGUGAAAAGAGCUGGUCCAAGUGCCCCAUCUGCUAUGAGGCAGUAAGCACCGCUGACCUGAAGAGUGUUGUUGCUAUGGAGACCAGGCAGUAUGUUGCUGGUGAUGUAAUCACCAUGCGCCUGAUGCGGAGAGAGAAGGGGGCUCUGGUGGCCAUGCCUAGCUCUCAGUGGGUGAAGGUGGAGGAGCCUGUUCGCUUUGGAGAUGUGUGUCUUAGCCCGUACUCCAAGCUGCUGCUGACCUCCCCGACGCAGGUCCUGAGCCUGGUGGCCGAGGAGAAGGCUGCCCUGCAGGCUCAGCUCAGCCAGGAGGGGGACGCCCAGGGCUGCUUCAUCCAGAGCGCACUGUGUCUCCUGCAGGAGCGAGAGGAAAUGCUGCUGAAGCAGCAGAAGGCACAUGUAAGAAACCGGCUUGACCUUUCCUCUCUGACUCUGGAAGACCCUUCUCCUAUGGACGAAGUGGUUACUAUUUCCAGCAUCGCCAAGCCUGUGCUGCAGUACACCUCUGCAUUUGAUGACGAGGUUGCAGAGUUUGAGGAUGGCGCGGAGGUCUCAGAAGUGCCGGAGGUCCCACAGGAGGCCGAGGAAGAGCUGCCAGGCUUCCCUGAAAGUAUUUUGGAGAAUGUCCUGGAGGAGCCUCCGGAGGAUAUGAUGGAUGAAGCCCCAGAGCCCCAGCCUGAAGAGGAGAUCCCCACCAAACAGGCAGAUUCAGGCCGUCCUUCCACCAGCGUGGUGCACGGACCCUACUACUAUUUUUACCAAGCUGAUGACUGCCAGCAGAUGUUCCUGCAUCCUGUGAAUGUACGCUGUCUGUUGCGUGAAUACGGCAGCUUGGAGGCCAGUCCGGACUCCAUCACUGCCACAGUGGUGGAGAUAGUGGGACACCAAGUCACUGAGGAUAUCCGCCGUCGGCAUCGCUACCUGGCUCAUCUGCCGCUCACGUGCGAGCACAGCAUCUGUGAGUUAGCCCUGGAGCCGCCAACUGUGUCCAAAGAGACUCUAGAUACAUUUGCAGAUGACUUGGAGAAGAGAAAGCGCCUGAGGCAGAAGAAAGUGAGGGAUGAGAAGCGCAGGGAGAAGCGAAUUGAAAUCGAGGAGAACAAGAAGCAGGGUAAAUAUCCUGAGGUGCAUAUCGGAUUGGAGAACCUUCAACAUUUCCCAGCAUUCGGGUCUCCUCCUCACAACAGCAGCUUCCUAAUGCAGCCUGACUUCUCAUUUGCCCCCCCGUCACCCCUCAGCACCAGUCCUUCCUCUGAUGGGAUGAGAUUCCCAAGUCUGAAUGGACAAAGCUCUUCACCCGUUGUGGGUAGCUUGGAGGAUGACUCCAACUGUAUGUCCUUUGCACAGAUGCUCAGAGAUGGGAAAGCCAGAGGUGAUGCUGGGCCCUGGAACGCUCCAAAGAAAGAGCUGCUCGCCCCCCCGGCAGCAGACAGCGACGGAGAGAGCGACGGGUCAGACCGCGUGCCGGUGCCCAGCUUCCAGAACUCCUUCAGCCAGGCCUUCGAGAAGGCUCUCCUGCAGCUGGACUCUCCUCCACAACAUGUGGUCGUCCCAGAUGAGAAAGGAGGAAAGAAGAAGAAGAAAAAGCAGAAACUUCUAUUCAGCACAUCCAUGGUUCACACAAAGUAGACGACACUGAAGUUUAUUUAACCAUAUUUGUCUUGAGUUGAUCUUCCUUAUGCUUGUUUUCAUUUCAUACAGAUCUUUCUUGGAGCUACUAGCUAUUGAAAAAAAGCUUUCAGUACGUAGCUAAAGUUCAUGCUGCUUUUAGUUAUUCUCUCGUUGUCAUCAGUUUAAUUUAUAUACAUUUUCCGGUAGGUCAAAGCUUUUCAGCGCCCUCCUUUCACAAAGCAAACUUUUGGGUUACAUUUAGGUUCAGAUGCUAAGUAAAGGGAGAAAUAAAACAUUUAAGCUUUACAUGGCUUCAGGGUGACUUGCAUCACAGUCGUUUCUGUAUGAUGUCAAACUUUAAGAAGUAGACCCUGAGCAUCUAGGUUCCAUGAGUUACAUUGAUGAGAUCAAUCUGGGUGCUUGAUAUUACAGUAGCAGUCAGCCAGCUGCAGGUACGGUGCACCUUUUUACAAAUCUUUCCAAGAUACUCAGUGCUCAGACAUUCAUUUGGAAUUUCCUCUUAGAUUAAAUGGAAACAUACCUCUCAGUGUUUGCUAGUACUUCAUCACCAUUCAAGGAACAGAGAUUUUGGAAGUUGUAACAACAACAUGAAUACAUAAAAUACCAUUGUGAGGAAGUGAAAACACAGUAUUGAAGAGAUUAGAUCUGUUGGUUCAACAAACAGUUGAUACUGUUAUAUCCUAUACUUUCUUCCGUUUUUAGUUUUCUCCUGUCAUCUUAAAGGUUUACUCAUUUUUUACUUUUAUUUCCCUAGCUUGAUUUCAGUGUUGAAAAGGUUUGAAGCUAAUGAAUUGCUGACAUCCAACAAAUGCUUUGAAGAAAAGUGGAUUGAAUAUGUUUUGGUUUGAGGGUUCUGUAAUGAACUUUUUAAGUUUGAGCAAGUUUAAAGGCUAGUGGACAUAAGUAGUCUGAUGAAAUGAAUAAACCAUUAUGCACAAUAAAGAAACUGACUGUUUAA